AUGGUCAUCAUCAUUAUCGUUAUUACCAUCAGCACAACAAAUAUAUCGCGUCAAAAGUCUGAUCCUCAUGGUAGAAAUACAUGUGUAUCAAACAAUGAGCAACAACAGCAGCGGCAUCAACAUGCACCUUGGCAGCAAGCCUUGUCUCAGCGGCAGCAACAACAUCACAACACAAAAUUGUAUGCAGGUGCAAGCCAGCCAACAUUAAGACAGCCAUCAAACAUCAUUUCUUUGGUGGAGGCUACCAGUGGUCCGUAUUGUUGCCAGACUCUCCUCAAAGGUGGUGAUGUUUCUUCGUCAUUGCCAACGUCAGCAGCAGUAGCAGCAGCAGCAGCAGCAGCAACAACAACUCAAGCAUUAGCAUCAUUGGACACUACAACACAACACACAAGCAACAGUUACAUAUCCUCUCUAUUUCAAAAUGUCAAAUUAUAA